AUGGCAGAAGGGAUCCUCUUCAACGUAGCAGGGGAACUCAUUACAAAACUGGGUUCUCGACACAUUCGUACGAUUGGCUUAUGGGGAGGUGUCAAAGCUGAACUUAAGAAGCUUGAGAACACUGUUUCAAUGAUUCAAGCUGUGCUUCUUGAUGCUGAGGAGCAGUACUCAAAGAGCAACCAAGUCAAGAUUUGGGUUGAAUCGUUGAAAGAAGCAUUGUACGAUGCAGAAGACUUGUUAGAUGAAUUUUCCGCACAUGCUUUACGGCUACAAGUGAUGAAAGGGUGUGGAAUGGCGAAGGAGGUACGCCUUUUCUUUUCUAGUUCUAAUCAGUUUGCUUAUGGUCUUAAAAUGGCUUUUGAAAUCAAGGAUAGACUAAAGGGUAUUCGCGAAAAUAGAUCAAUGUUCUACUUAGAUGAGGGUUGCUUGAAGAAACAUUUAAAAUCUGAAGAAAGGGAGCAAACUCAUUCAUCUGCACCCAAAGUAGUUGUUGGUAGAGAAAAUGAUAAGAAUGAAAUUAUAAAAAUCCUAUUGUCCAACUAUGAAGAGAAUGUGUCAAUUGUUUCUAUUGUUGGUAUUGGAGGAUUAGGAAAGACAACGCUUGCUCAAUUUGUAUACAGUGAUGAGAUAAUAGAGACCCAUUUUGAGCUCAAACUAUGGGUUUCUGUUUCUGAUCAUUUUGAUGUAAGAUUAAUAGUGGCAAAGAUUUUAGAAUCUGUUACUGGUGAGAGACAUUUAGACCUUGAAAUGAAUACUUUGAAAAAUCUUCUUCAUGACAAAAUUAAUGGAAGAAAGUAUUUGCUUGUGUUGGAUGAUAUGUGGAAUGAGAACUGGGAAAGAUGGUUUCACUUGAAGGAAUUGUUGGCUGGUGGUGCUAGAGGAAGUAGAAUACUGGUAACGUCACGCCUAAAAAAUGUUGCAGACAUGAUACAGUUGGAUUCGAUCUAUGAAUUAAAAGGGGCAAGUUCCAAGCUCAAGCCAUGA